CUCGACAAAACCCUAAUCCCCCGUAUCCACCACCCACUUUUGUGCCCCUCAUCCCGAACCAGAAGAUCUAAAAUGGCAGCAAGCAUGGCUACAUCAAGCAUUAUCGGCCUCGGCUCCUCGUCCUUGCCUUCGCCUAGGAAGGCCUCCCUUGUCUCAGACUUUGUGAGAUCUCCGGUGACUGCGAGGAACCCAUUGAAGCUGGUUCGUGCCUCAGGAGGAAGGUUCACGUGCUUCCAGAGAGACUGGUUGCGCGCCGACUACAGCGUGAUCGGUUUCGGGCUGAUCGGGUGGCUCGCGCCCUCCAGUGUCCCGCUGAUCAACGGCAAAAGCCUGACUGGGCUCUUCUUCGAAAGCAUCGGGGCCGAGCUCGCGCACUUCCCCACAGGUCCCCCGCUCACUUCCCCAUUCUGGUUGUGGCUGGUCACAUGGCACCUGGGUCUGUUCUUGUGCCUCACGUUCGGUCAAAUCGGCUUCAAGGGGAGGACCGAGGACUACUUCUGAAGCCAUCUGUCAUGUGUAAUCUUCUUGUAAAUUACCCAGAAA